AUGGAAAACUACACAUACAACAGUUACAUGCUUCAUUUGGAAGGGUUACAAGUGACAAAGGACACAAUGUACCCUGCGUUCAUCUUCCUGCUGUUCGCCUAUCUUUUCAUCAUAUUUGUGAAUGUGGGCAUGGUAGUAAUAGUGUUCAUUGAAAGGACCCUUCACCAGCCUAUGUAUUUCCUUUUUUGCAACCUGCCAUUCAAUGACAUAUUAGGUAACUCCAUCAUGGUGCCGCGGCUGCUUGCAUACGUCUUCGUGCCUCCUUCUGAACGCUUCAUCAGCUACUACGAGUGUGUGGUCCAGGCCUUUACCACACACAUGUUUGGCACAACUUCCCACACCAUUAUGAUGAUAAGUCUUACCGUACGACUCAACAGAUGCAGGGAUGUCAUUGAAAAUUUUUACUGUGACAACGCUAGCUUAUUUAAGCUUUCCUGUGACAGUGUUUUUAUUAAUAACGUGUAUGGCCUCACAUUUACUGUGCUUCUAUUUGUUGGAUCUCUUGGCAGCGUGCUCCUUACCUAUGCUAAGAUCACAGCUGUCUGUUUGUCAAGUAAGAACAAGGCUUUGAAUAGUAAAGCCUUAAAGACUUGCAGCACUCAUCUGUGUCUCUAUUUGCUCAUGGUGAUUAGUGGUUUCAUACCUAUUAUCCUCCACCGUUUUCCCAAGUGGACACAUGAACGAAAGAUUGCAUCGAUCUUGUUCCAUAUAGUUCCAGGCUGCCUCAACCCAAUAAUUUAUGGCUUUCAGUCAACAGAGGUCCGAAAAUUCUUGUCCAAUGUGUUGCGGUCCAAGAAAAUGUCAUCAGUGUGA